UCUAUAAGAAGAAUCCACAAGCCCAAGUAUUGCCAGACAGAUGUGGGAUUCUAGUUACCUGAGAGCAAUAUUAAGAACAGCGAUGGAGACUGCUAGAGAAGAAUACGAGGUAUUCAUUGGUACCCAAUCAGAUGAAGUCACAAUGAUGUUCUCUGAGGCUAAUGAAGUUCUUAGGAGAUUGGAAGAAAAACAUUCAAACUAUUCAACUGGUUUAGCCAUUAAACAUCAAAGUAUAUGUGUCGCACAAACUAUAGCAGAUGAACUGAAACAUCUCCAUCACGCAAUAGUAAAAACAAUUAAGAAGCCCUGGGGCAAAACAUCAGGUCGUCCGUACACAAUAACAAUCCGCAGGGAUAAGCCAAGAGACAUUUUUUACAUUUUAAAAGACAUA